AUGUCUAUUGAAAACCUAAAGUCUUUUGAUCCUUUUGCUGAUACCGGUGACGACGAGACAACUUCAGCUAACUACAUCCAUAUCCGUAUUCAACAAAGAAACGGUAGAAAGACAUUGACAACUGUGCAAGGAGUUCCAGAAGAAUAUGAUUUAAAGAGAAUCUUGAAGGUACUUAAGAAGGACUUCGCCUGUAAUGGUAACAUUGUUAAGGACGAAGAAAUGGGUGAAGUUAUCCAAUUGCAAGGUGACCAAAGAGCUAAAGUCAGUGAAUUCAUGAUCACUCAACUAGGAAUGCAAAAGAAAAACAUUAAGAUUCACGGUUUCUGA